CAUCCACCCUCCCUCUCCUUCAGCGGAGUCCCACACCUCUUUUUCUCUCGGUGCUCCGGGCGAAACUCUCUCAGACCGAGCUCGAUCCGAGAGGGGAUCUUGUUCUUUCUUGUGUAUGGCAGCCAGUACGAAGGGGCAAGUGGUCGCUGGCAGCUUCGCGAAGCGUUUCGUGAACCAGAUCUGGGCGGCCGGCUCUCGAAAUCCUGCUUCCUUCCCUUCUUUCGUGGCCUUGGCUUCUAAGAGGGGCGUGCACGAGUCGACGUACGAUAAGAACAUCGACGAUCAGGUGCGUCCAAGCAUCGUGCCGGACGAUGUGAUCUCUGUGCAGUCGGACAAGUACUGGGGCCCGCACCCUAAGACCGGCGUGUUCGGGCCUGCCGACCAGAACUCCGCCGGCGGCGGGGAUCUCAUCGCGCCGGCCGGGAAUGGUCCCUCUGUGCUGGACCAGAAGGCCUGGUUCCGCGCCCUUGAGGACGUCGACAAGCCUCCCCACGCCUGAUCGAGCCCGCCGACUCACGGGCGGAGAGACGAUCGUCGGCAAUUCUCGUGCUGGGCCGUCAACUCUCUCCGGUUCCGAAUAGUACCGUGAUAAUACUACUGUAAUAAGCGUGCGCCGUUUACGUGCGCCGGUGCUUGUCACAUGUACGUGGCAGUGUAUGGUGUGAUUGUGACAGUGACGAUGAUGAUAUAUGUAAUAUGUAUUCUCUUUCUUUCAAUUUCCGUAUAUUGGAAACGUUGUGAUUUUCAGCUCCA